UGGGAGGACCAACUGCUGUUAUCUCGGAUACAAAAGUCAGGGGCAAUGAACUGAAUAAACCGUAAACCCAAUAUUGCACCGAGGAUAAAAUCUCCCAAUAAUAAAAGAAGAAGGGCGAAGGACAGAUGGAAGUUGAUCAAAGUCAAAGUCGAUCCGGUCUUUCCCCGCACAUUCAAUUUAUUUCACAUGGGGAACUUCUCGCCAACUUUCUUCUCCUUCUCCAACUUUCAUCCACCAUUGAAAGAACAGCCCAGAUUGGAAUGAAGCUAUUCUCCAAUUUGAAUAUGCUACUUUUCUAGAACACUACCAUGAGUGAAUCAGCAAUAAGAAAACGCUCCCGGGUCGCGUGCACCUCCUGUCAAUCCCGCAAGCGUAAAUGCUCCGGCGAUCAACCAUGCACCAACUGCGCUCAAUUCGGCUGCCACUGCCACUACGAUUUUCAGUCGCGCAAGAAGAAAGACGUCAAACCUGGUUCAUGUUCUAUAGUAGCUCAAUCUCCUAGUAUGGCGACUGCCAGUGAUUUAUUCUCCAGCAACGCCACUGUCGAUGAACCAUGGCCCAAGAAAGAGACAACACCAACUGACGUGAGCCCCGUGCAUCUCAGCUCUCUCGAUGCCAAUUCAGGGGCAGCAUUUGUGAGACGACUAGGUCUCAAAAUUGAUUCUGCAAAUGCCCCGCGAUUACAUCUUUUCGCCUGGAAUGUUGGGGCUCGUAUUCCCCCGCCUUCAUCUCCGUUGUCCCCCGCAUCGUUAACACCUGCGGCAGCACCCGUGGUGGACAUCAUCUCCCAGAACGAAUUGAGAUCUCUAGCUGCCGUGUUUUUCGAAAAGGUCGACCCGGGGUAUGGCUUUAUUGACCGUGACCAUUUCCUCCGUCAAGUCAGUCGGAGGUGGCUACCUUCGUCUUCUGAAUGUGCCCUCCCUGAAGGGCCUUACGAUUCGGUUCUUUGCGGUCUUGCGUCAUUCGGUUUCCUCUUCUCGCGAAGACAGGCCACAACAAAGGAACUGCAGCUGGUUGAGUCGGCACGCAUCAUCCUCGAACAAAACCUCAUGUCCGAAACAUGCUCGGUCGACCUUAUUACCGGCUGGGUGCUGCGCGUCGCGUACCUGCGUAUGACCGCCUCGCCGCAUGCAACGUGGAUGGCUAGCUGCUCCCUCAUGCAUCUCAUCGAAGCAGCCGGCCUGCAUCUCGAACUCCCAUCCGACAAUGCCCUCAUCCGAUCCACUGAGAACAACUGCGAUCCCGAGAUCCGUCGACGAUUAUUCGGCAUGGCCCGACAUCUCAACGUCUGGGUUUCCUUUGAACUAGGCCGGUCCCGUGUCGUCCUUCAUGGGGCCACCUCUCUCCCUCCCACUCCUAGACCGAACGGAUACAUGACGGAGAUCUUCAAUCUCCUCCCAGUAUCAGAAAGCCUAGACCCGAACAGGACGCAGGAUGCCCAAGGUCUAGAAACCGCUCUGUCAGACGUGAUCGACGCCGUCUAUAUCCAGCCACCUUUAAUUCUAGCGCAGUGCAAUCUCAUGCUCACCAUUUAUCGUCGUCUGCGCGCCCUGAACUCCACCGUUUCAGGUAAAUUACUCGAUCGUGCCCUUGCUCUGAUCGGAAAGGCUCUCCGCGCCACGCACGAGAUGAUCGCCACAAACAGCCCCUGGCAUCAGAUCGCCAAUGUGCCGUUUCAAAUAAUCUGUACUCUGUUGUCCAUUGAUAAUCGUGCAUCAUUGGUGCUGCUGGGCGAUGCGAUGCAGGCACUAGGCGAGGUCACCGCUGCAUACGAUACCGAUGUAAUGAGAGAAGCCUAUAGCACGGCCUACCUGCUUAUUUUACUACAUCAAAGACGCAAGGAGCAAGACACACAGGUACUUGGGGACGUACUGCGCGUGAACUCCGCUGCGUCCGUACCGCAUGCUGACCCUGGCGCAUCAACUACAACACAAUCCGAUGCUCUCCCGGACUCUGCCGAGUUUUCUUGGUUGGGAGAGCUGAUGAUUGACAUGCCUAGUCUUCAAAAUUUCGAUAUCGAACAGUUCCUAAUGACGGAUGUUCCGUGGCCGUUUCCAGAGACUGGGAUUUGAAAAGUUCUCUUGUCUAUAUAUGAUUUACGAAAGUGCAAUUUACAUUAAGGACGCCUCAUG